GAAAUGCCCCCAAAUGUUGAAGUGAACUGGGAGGUAAAGCUCCAGCAGACUCUCCCUGCUUUCUUAGAUUUGCUGAGUGAAUAACUUGCGCCCUCGAUGAAUAAGCCACUUCCUAAAUCUCAGCAAACUUGUGCGCCCUUGGAAAGUUGUGCAGCGCUGCUGACUUCAGGGAGGCAUCUCUGUCUGCUGUCGGACUCCUCAGGAAUGCAGCGGGGACGUGUGUGAAGUCUACUAAAUUAGGACGGAGAAGUUACUUUGGAGAGGUUUCAGGGUUUGCUUGUUUUUUUUUUUGGUCUUUGGAGUGAGAGCAUGUUAACCAGGCUGCUUAUCCAAGAAGUCACUUUAAACUUGACAUCAUCGACCUUUCAGGAUUAUUAAAGACUCCAGAGCUUCAAGGCGACCCUCUCUUCUUCUGCAUCAUGGGCUGCAGUAGGAUGCUGUGGGGGGUGAUAGGGGCGGCUGUCGUCAUCACGUUAAUAACAAUCCCAGCGGUUUAUUUCAGCGAAUCUGAUGUUAAAAGACCAUACACCUUUGAAGAUUACUUCAAUGACACCAUCAGGUGGAGAGCCUACAAUUUGUAUUGGAUAUCAGACAAAGAGUAUCUGCACAAAGACAGAGAUGGGAAUGUCUUCCUCCACAAUGCUGAAACAAGAGAGGAAUCUCUCUAUUUGAGCAAUUCAACCUUUGCUCAAGUGGACGCCACAGAUUACUUGCUGUCAGGUGAUUAUAAAUACAUCGCUUUUGAAAGCAAUUAUUCAAAGGUAUGGAGACAUUCAUACUCAGCCUCUUACUCCAUCUACGACAGGGAGCGUUCAACAUUUAUUACGCCUGUGAAUCUUCCAACCGUUGUGCAGUACUUUUCCUGGUCCCCAACAGGAAACAAAUAUGCUUACGUCUCAAAAUUCAACAUCUUUUUGAAAUCCGAUGUCAAUGCUGAAGUUGUACAAGUGACCCACAAUGGGAAAAAGGAUGAGAUCCUUAAUGGUAUCCCUGACUGGGCAUAUGAGGAGGAAGUGUUUGCAUCAAACGGGGCGAUAUGGUGGUCGUCAACUGGAAAAUAUUUGGCUUAUGCAGAGUUUAAUGAUACAGAGGUGCAAAAAGUGGAGUUCUCUUGGUAUGGGUCUGAGCAAUAUCCUCAAACAGUGUCUGUUCCAUACCCAAAGGCUGGAUCAACCCUUACCAAGGUGAAACUGAUUGUGGUUGAUACCACGAAUCCAUCCCGCCGCACACAGGUGGUUCCUCCCGCUUCUGUUGCUUCUGGUGAUCACAUUUUGUGCUCGGUGACCUGGCCUACAGACGAACGCGUCGCUGUGCAGUGGCUCACAAGAAAACAGAAUUAUGUGAUUGUACAGAUCUAUGACUUUGACGGAAGCAGCUGGAAAGAAAAACAGAAAUUUGAGCAAACAAGCAAGACAGGCUGGGUCGGCCAUUAUGUUCCCUUACCUCUAUUCUUUGCUGAAGAUAAACUCAGUUUCUACAAAGUGAUGAGUGACUCUCAGGGCUACAAACACAUACAUUAUGUGAAAGAUGGCAAAGCAACACCUAUUACCUCUGGCAAGUGGGAAGUCAUCUUCAUAUCCAAAUUAACAAAAGAUGCCAUAUAUUAUGUGAGCAAUGAGUACCAAGGAAUACCCGUAAAGAGAAAUCUUUACAAGGUCAUGAUUGGAAGCACCCCUUCUGCUCCCGAGUGCCUCACCUGCAGCGUAAAUAAGGACAGGUGUCAGUACAACUCUGCUUACUUGAGCUUUGACGCCUCUUUCUUCCGAAUGAAGUGCGACGGACCUGGUUUUCCCCUUUACACACUUAUGGACAACAGGGGCCCUGUACAAGAGAUCUCUGUACUUGAAGACAACAAAGCUCUGGAAAAUAUUCUGUCAGAAUUCCAAAUGCCAACAAUGCAGUACGGCACACUGAGGGUUGCAGGAUUUGAUCUUUGGUAUGAAAUGAUGUUACCACCAAAUUUCAAGAAGUCUAGAAAAUACCCUCUUCUUAUUGACGUGUAUGGUGGCCCCUGUAGUCAGCAGGUGGACUAUCGUUUCAAGCUGAACUGGGGCACGUACCUCUCCAGUUCACAUGGGAUUAUCGUUGCCAGCUUUGAUGGACGGGGGAGUGGUUACCAAGGUGAUGAAAUAAUGCAUGCGAUCUACAGGCGUCUUGGUACGUUUGAGGUGGAAGAUCAGAUAACAGCUGUGAGGAGAUUCAUUGACAUGGGUUUUAUUGACAAAGACAGAAUAGCAAUAUGGGGCUGGUCAUACGGCGGUUACGUUACCUCAAUGGCCUUGGGUGCUGGGACUGGACUCUUCAAGUGUGGAAUAGCAGUUGCCCCAGUAGCCAAGUGGGAAUAUUAUGAUGCAGUGUACACUGAACGCUACAUGGGCACGCCCACAGAGAAUUCAGACUCUUACAAAAAUUCUUCGGUGACGGCCAGAGCAGAGAACUUCAAAUCAGUAGGCUAUCUAUUGGUUCAUGGCACAGCGGAUGAUAAUGUCCAUUUCCAGCAGGCAGCACAGAUCUCCAAAGCUCUGGUGGACCAGCAAGUGGACUUUGAGGUCAUGUGGUACACUGACAGGGAUCAUCAUCUCAGAGGAUCAGCCGCCCGUCAUAUAUACAGCCUCAUGAGUCACUUCCUGCAGAAAUGUCUCAUCAAUCCCAAAUAGAUGUGAAGAAUGUGACCGCAUUUAGAGUGAACAUUACAAUUUUUCCUAAUUUGUAAAUUGUUUUAUCUCGUUGAUAUUCUAAAGAGUCAUGUUGUAACUCUGUACAUUUGUUGUUUGUUUUUUUUACGUGCAAUGGAUCCGACUGCUUGUACAAAUGAGCAUUUGUAUUUUAUGUGAGAUGAUGAAACAUUUAAAACAUACAAAAAAGCCAUCGCAUGCAUUUAUGGUUGAAAACAUUUUUAUGUGAAUAUGAUAAACAUACAAUAGCUGAAUUCCACUGCACUGAUCUGUUGUGGGGUGUUUGUGCUGCAGUCAUGUUCUAAUGAAAGUGAAAUAAACGUUGUUUU